AUGGAUAGAUAUUUAAAUUAUAAAUGUGUACUUAUAUUGAUACUUAUCAAAUGUGUAUACUGUUCUGAUAAACCAGAUAAUCUACACACAGGCCCUAUAGUCAGCUGUGAUAGUGAUGAAGAUAAUUUUGAGGUAACAGAAACUGAACAAUCUUGUCAUGAAGAAGAACAAGAUUUUACAAAUCCAAUAGAUGUAAAUGAAGAGUCUGAUUCUUCUUUUGAAUCUACCGAAAACUUAGAAACUGAAGUUCCAGAUUUAAAUACACUGAUGUUGUACAGAUUAGAUGAAAAAGGUAAUAUCUUUCCAAUGGAUGUCAGUUGUUAUUAUAUCAAGACAUAUGACUCAUAUGGAUUUAAAUUUGUACUUACAAAACUUAUUGAGAAAAUAGAAUUUAAUGGACAGACAAUAUGGAUUCAUGAACCAGGAAUGGAUUAUCCUUUGUCAUUUAGUUACAAGAUUAAAUUUGUUAGAUUUGCUCUAUCAUUUAAUGAAGAAAUAUUGUCAAUAUCAUAUGAUUCAGGAAAUUGGACUAGAAAAACAUACCCAAUUCCAAAAGAACUAAAAUUUUAUACACAAAAUGAAGAUGGCGAGAAUGUUAUUAUAAAUAGAAAUGAUUAUAUAGUAGAUUAUACUACUUAUGGAAAUAUUAAAUUUACAUUCAUGGAAAAAGCACAAUGUAAAUCUAUUUAUUACGGAGAUAUAAGAAUUUGGGUACACAAAGAUGGAACUGAUAAGAUUAAAGCACUUGCGUAUUAUAAUCCCUUCAAAUUCAUAUUUAUAAUUGGUACUAAAUUGUAUCUAGGUUUAUUAAUAAAUGGUGAAAUAAUAAUAAAAAGAGAUAGUAAACUAAGAAGAAGACAAUUCAAAAUUUUUUAA